CCACAAUUAAUGACUCUUUCGAUAACUAUUUCUCAAUAAAUUAAAGCUUAUAAUCUAGCAGCAUGUCCAACAUUACCAGAAUUUAUGGAAACAGCAUACAAAACUUAGAAGUCUUUGAAAAAGAAUGAGCAAUUUAGAAAGCGUAUUGAAGUUAUUUAAGGGUUUGAAUUUAAUACAGCUUCAACUUAGAUUGAAGAAAGCAAUGAUUAAUAGUAUAUUAUAGCAUCAGGACUUUAUGCCCCUUCAAUAAAGAUUUUUGAAACAUCAUAAUUAUCAAUGAAAUGUAGUAGAGGUCUUGAUUCAGAAAUAGUUAAAUUUUGUUUAUUAGGAGAUGAUUACAAAAAAAUUGCUAUGGUCUGUGAAGAUCGAAAUGUGGAAUUACAUGCUCAAUAUGGUAAACAUUUUAAACUUAGAGUUCCUAAAUAACCAACUGAUAUGGUAUUAUUAUGUAUUAAUAUGAUAUUAGAUAUAUAAUCCUUAUAAUUGUAAUUUAUUGGUGUCUUCUUAGAAUGAAGAUAUCACCAGAUUAAAUUUAGAACUUGGAUCAUUUGUAGAAUCAUACAAUAUUUAAUAAGAGACAGGAGUUAAUUGUUUAUGUAUGCAUGAUUAGUUGUAAUUGGGAUUAGUGGGUGGCAAUAAAUAACUUAGUGUUAUUGAUUUUAGAUCUGAUUAGGUUGUUCAAUAGUUAGGAGUUAGUGAUAUUACUAGUUUAGCUACUUAAAAUCUUUAGGUUGCUUUAGGAACAAAGGAAGGAUAGAUUAAAUUAUUUGAUUUGAGAAAACAUAUACCAAUUCAUAUCUAUUAACAUUAAUAUCGGUUACCUAUUAAAAAGAUUGUUAUGAAUGAUGAUAUGAUUGUUUCUUGUGAUGCAAAAAUAUUAAAAUUUUGGAAGGCUAAUCGUUUAUUCACUAAUAUUGAACCAUAAAAUGAGAUAAAUUCAUUUACAUGGAUUAAGAACUCUGGAAUGUUUUUAUUAGCAUUAGAAUAACCAAGAAUGGGAAUUUAUUUUAUUCCAUAAUUAAAUUCAGCUCCUAAAUGGUGUCCAUUCUUAGAUAAUUUAACUGAAGAAAUGGAAGAAGAAGAAUAGUAGACAGUUUAUGAUGAAUAUAAAUUUUUAUCAUAUGAAGAAUUGGAAAGAUUAGAAGCUUUACAUUUAUUGGAAACUGCAAUGUUAAAACCUUAUUCUCAUGGAUAUUUAAUUCAUUUGAAAUUAUAUUUGAAAUUAAGAUAAUAAAAAGGUCUUGAUUUUGAUGACUAUAAAUAAAAAAGAAUUUAAUAAAAUUAUGAGAAAUAAUUAGAGGCUGAAAGAGUUAGUAAAGGUUAUGUGAUACCUGAUGAACCUGAAAUUGAAUAACCUAUAAAGUAGAUUGAUCCAAGAUUUUAGAAAAUGUUAAAAGAUAAUGAUUUUACAGUUGAUAAGAAAUCUGAAGCUUGGAAGAGAGCUCAUCCAAGUGAAAUGGGAAUUAAGAAAUAAAUAAAUAAAAAGAAGAGAUGA